UGGGGAUACCCUGCUUUCCUUGUUCUCCAUGAAAGGAAUCGAAAUAUCUAAAGAGAGAAAAAUAAAAAAACAAAGUAAAGUAGAAUAAAGAGGCCUUUCAAGACAAAGGAAGACUUUUUCUCCAUAGGCUCCAGCUAAUCUUACUCAUAUUUCAUAUACAAACAUUAAGUAUUAGGUUUCUUGCAUCCAUUCCUUUAUUCAGAUUCUCACGUUGGACUCCAUUUUAUUUUUUUUUUGCUGUUUUUCAUGCAUUCUCUAUGUUUGUAUAAAAGGGUAUCCCCUGUUUUUCCAUGAAGAUUAUCAGCCAUCUCUAAUUUCAAAUUAAUUAAUCAACUAGAUGGCUAAAAACAUUGGCAUUCUUGUUUGUCUUCUUCUUGUGAUUUUGGAUGUUGCUGCUGGUAUACUAGGAAUUCAAGCUGAGGUAGAACAAAAUAAGGUUCAGGACUUAAAGGUGUGGAUCUUUGAAUGUAGAGAUCCAAGCUAUGAAGCUUUUAAGCUAGGAUUGGCUGCAACAGUACUUUUGGUUCUGGCACAAGUUAUUUCUAAUCUGCUUGCUGGUUGUAUUUGCAUCCAGUCCAAGGAAGAGCUGGAUAAGGCCUCUUCUAACAAACAACUUGCAUUUGCUUCAUUUGUAUUCCAAUGGAUCAUUAUGGCCAUUGCAUUCUCAUUGCUGGUAGCCGGAACAUUGUCAAACGGGAAGGCAAGAAGAUCUUGUGGCAUAUCACACCAUCGUUUCUUGUCAAUAGGAGGGAUAUUGUGCUUUAUCCAUGGACUUUUCUCAGUUUCCUACUACAUCUCUGCUACAGCCACCAUCCAGGAAGAUAAGAAGCUGAAUCAACAAGGAGGUCAUGCAUGAAUACAAAAAAAAGUUACUCUCUUCCAAUAUAUGCAGCCUUCGCUAACAGAAUUAAAUCAACUCAGUGCUCUCUACGGGAGAAAUGAAAGCAGAGCAUGUAUGGAGAACUCAUCAUAACCGAGUCCCAUAUUUCCCUUUAAAAAAUUCCUAAUAUUUCAUGUAACAUUUCUUGAAUUUUUAUGUUAUUUGUAACUUUUUCUUGACCCUAGUGUAAUUUGAUGUUCAUAAUAUAUGUCCUGAGCAAACAGUAACGUGAGCUGUGUUGUUUUCCCAAAAGAAGAGAGAAUGUAUUAAAAGCAUUGUUGGUCUGACUCAAAACUUAUACUAGUUCAGUAUUCAAUGUAAUUUUUGCAACUACUUUGGGGCUUAAUCUGAAUAUGAUUUCACUGCUUCUUUUCCAAUUAGCAUCCUUGCUGUUACUAAUCUAUUCCUCUGCAUGCUAACACGAUACUUAACAUUCAAAGUACUUAAAUUUGAGUCAAGUAGGACGACUAUGUAGAUUUGGAGGGUUAGGUUUGGUCAUGUAGCUCUGGUGUUGCAAGCCAGAAGACUUAAGACAGAAGAUGUAGUGAAACUUCAUGAUUGAGGUAGAUUUUUAUGUGAAACAAAUUAAAGAUUAAGCAACACAUUCAGUAAUCUGGAAUGGUGCAACCAUGUUUAUCAUUUGCAGGCCUCAAUCAAGUGAAAUUCCCAAUCAAAAUCACAUGCAGAACUCAAGUUGAGGCUCUCGGAUGCAGCACUAGUUGUUUCAGAUUUUAAACAAUUCUUCCAAAAUCAUUCUUCACAAUUGAUUCAAGAAGUAUUCGUUAACUUACAGGAAGUAAUAACAUAGUAGAGAAAAA